UUUAAACUUCAAACAAAUUUCCUCACAACACUAAAUAAUCUUUCCCCAUUCGCUGGCUACGUCCAUUCUAACUUCUUCCAAACCCCUUCCUGAAUCCAUCUGACGGCGGUGUUCGUCAUCUGCAGUCUCACCGUUGGUUCGCCGUUCUGUUUAACGUAUCUACUGCGUCAAGUGUUAGUGUUUCCAGUCAUAUUUUGAGAGGGCAGAAGAUAUUGAAUAAGGUAUGGCUGAAGUUGAGGUAAAAGAAUCCGAGGCGCCCCAUUCAGUAUCUGACUUGCUUGAAGUUGCAAAAUCAGUUAAAGAUGAGGAGAGGGAAAGGAAGAGAAGAGAAAAAUUAAAGAAGAAAUUGUUGAAGGAAGCUGAGAAGACUAAUAAAAAAGGCGUUUGUUAUCUCAGCAGAAUUCCUCCUAAAAUGGACCCAUUGAAGAUCCGCCAACUUCUAUCACCUUAUGGUGAAAUUAAACGCAUUUAUCUAGCCCCUGAAGGUCUUGCAGCCCAAAUGCGACGUAAACGAUCUGGAGGCUUUCGAGGUCAAGGGUUCUCCGAAGGGUGGGUUGAAUUCGCAGACAAACGCAUUGCAAAAAAGACUGCAAAUUUGCUAAAUGGUGAACAAAUUGGAGGAAAGAAGAGAUCACAGUUCUUCUAUGACAUUUGGAACAUCAAGUAUUUAAGCAAGUUUAAGUGGGAUGAUCUUACUGAAGAGACCGCUUGCCAGAAUGCGAUUCGAGAACAGAAAUUGCGAAUGGAGUUAUCUGCUGCUAAGAAAGAACGAGAUUUCUAUCUGAAAACUGUGGAGCAGUCUCAUGCUCAGAAGGGAUUUGAACAACGUUUGAAGAAACGGAAAGCCCAAAAUGAUCUAGGCUCGGAAAGUCUAGAGGAGGAACUUAAACCCAAAGUGAUACGCCAGAUCCCCCAGAAGAGACCUCUUAUAGAGACUGCUGAAACAAGCAAGCCUAAGCUCUCCAAAGCUGUAUUGGCCGAGAUUUUCAACACCGGUUGCGAUGAAGCUUGACAGAUUGUUGAACAAAAAGUGAGAAUAUUAAAAUUUUAUCAAUUACUGCAGCAAGAACAGGAUAGUACUGCUCCCUUAUGACCCAAAUUUUCACAUUUCGGGUUGCUUCCAUUUGAUUUUAUGCAUCGUCGCUAGGGUGAAAGGUUGAAUUGUUAGAGUAAUUCUAGAGCUUCCCUGUCUAGAGUUCAUCAUUUUAUUGGUCCUUUCUAGCCUCUUUUACUACCUUCGUGAACAAGCAUAAUAUUAGUGACUUGUUAAUUGUUAAUGUCGAAUGUAGACUGUAUUGAAAUCCCAUUGAUCUUGAUUUUUUUGAAAUAAGAAAUUUUUUUUUAAAA